AUGCCGGGCGCGGACACUAACGGUUCCCGCGGGCAGGGGAAGGCGAGGGGCGGCGCGACGGACGGUAUCAUCUACAACGACGCCAGCGAGGACGUCAGCCGCUUCCGGAACCCCUCCGUCCAGGUUACGGCGGACCACAAGCUGAAGCUGGUGGACGCUCCCGUCGAGGAGCCCGGCCCGGGACAGGUCACUUUGCAGAUCAAGUGCUCCGGGAUCUGCGGUUCGGACAUGCACCUGUGGAAAUCCGGGCGCAUCGGGUCGCUCGAGAUCAAGGGCGACUGCAUCCUGGGCCACGAGGCCGCGGGCGUCGUGCUCAAGUGCGGAGAAGGGGUGACGAGCCUCAAGCCAGGCGACAGGGUUGGCAUCGAGCCCCAGGAGCCCUGCGAGAAGUGCUUCCUGUGCAGAGAGGGCCGGUAUAACCUCUGCGACGACGUCAAGUUCUCCGGCAUAUGGCCCGAUAACGGCACGAUCCAGCGAUUCAAGAACCACCCCGCGAAGUGGCUGUACAAGAUCCCGGACGAGCUGACGUACGCGGAGGGGGCGCUGCUGGAGCCGCUGAGCGUGAUCCUGCACGGGCUGAACGGGGCGAACGUGCGGCUGGGGCGGCCGGCGCUGGUGUGCGGGGCGGGGCCGAUCGGGCUGGUGGCGCUGGCGGGGGCGCGGGCGUCGGGGGCGCACCCGCUGGUGGUGACGGACGUGGACGCGAAGCGGCUGGCGUUCGCGCGCGAGCUGGUGCCGCGCUGCCAGACGUACCUGGUGGACCCGGCGCGCAGCGCGCAGGACAACGCGCGCGCGAUCCGCCGCCUCUACGGCGACGACGAGUACGCCGCCCCCGCCUCCGUCAUCGAGUGCACCGGCGUCGAGAGCAGCGUCUGCACCGCCGCCUUCUCCGUCCGCCGCGGCGGCACCCUCAUGGUCAUCGGCGUCGGAAAGCCCGUCAUGAAUAACAUCCCCUUCAUGCACCUGUCGCUCGCUGAGAUCGACCUCAAGUUCAUCAACCGGUACCGGGACACGUGGCCGGCGGCGAUCCAGUGCAUCAGCGGCGGCAUCCUCGACCUGAACAAGCUGGUGACGCACAAGUUUCCGCUCGAGCGGGCGCUCGACGCGUUCGCGCUGAACGCCGACGUCGGCAACGGCAGCAUCAAGGUGCACAUCGUUGACGACGUCGACGCCGUACUGUGA